AACUUUGGCUUGGCGUGAUCUCUUUCGUUCGCAAAACAAAGCUCAACUUUUAGCGGUUUUUAUGCAAAAAUAAAUAACACAAGUUGCUAAAGAUGUGUUAAAGUGUUUUGCAUGACAAAUACAACAAAUAGAAACAGAAAGAAGAAAAAUAUACACGCUUAAUGCUCGUUUUAAAGGUGCCAAUUAAUUGAAAAUAGUCCGCUCGUAAAAAGGUGCUAAAAAUAUUUAAUCCCAAUCGAGCCAAACAACCAACAAACGAAACCAAAAAGAAAAUAAUUGAAAGAUGCGUUUCAAUUUCACGAGCCACACGGCGGCUGUGACAACAACAUCGACGCCAGCAUCGACCACAGUCGCUGGCUACAACAAGGAGAAGUCUGCACAGCCGCUGAAGAGGCCGCCAACAAUCGAAGAGGAUCCCGAUUCACUGGACAGUGUGAUCAGCAAUCCGCAAUCGUAUCCCAUCACAAUUGUUCCCAAUCGCCCAGCCAGCUUCUACGGCCUCUCCACAAAUGGCAAAGCGUUUCAACGGCAGCCAAGUUGCAGAUCCCGCAACUUCCGCCCGGGCAGCAUGCGACGCGUGCGACGACGCGCGGUUUUCAAGAAUGGCGACUGCAACGUGGUGCAGAAGCAUUUGCAGCGGCGACGCGUGCGCUUCCUGCAGGACAUGUACACAACGAUGGUGGACUGGCAAUGGCGCUGGACACUGCUCGCCUUUGCACUCAGUUUCAUACUCUCGUGGCUGUUCUUUGCUCUCAUCUGGUGGCUCAUCAUGUACACACACGGCGAUCUCGAGGAGCUGCAUUUGCCUCACAAUCAAGAGGACUCUGGCUGGGCGCCUUGUGUCUCUGCCAUUGAUGGCUUCACCUCCUGCUUUCUGUUCUCCAUCGAGACACAGCACACCAUCGGCUACGGUGUGCGCACUACGUCUCCUGAGUGUCCCGAAGCCAUCUUCAUGAUGUGCUUCCAAUCGAUCUUUGGCGUCAUGUCCUCCGCCUUCAUGGCUGGCAUCGUGUUCGCCAAGAUGACGCGUGCCAAGCAGCGAGCACAGACGCUACUGUUCUCUAAGCACGCCGUGAUCUGUCAACGAGAUGGUUGCCUCUCGUUGAUGUUCCGUGUGGGUGACAUGCGCAAGUCUCACAUCAUUGGCGCAGGAGUGCGUGCUCAGCUGAUCAGGACACGCAGCACGAAGGAGGGCGAAGUGAUGACGCAGCACUUUACGGAACUGCAGAUUGGCACCGACGAAUCUGGCGCGGAUCUGUUCUUCAUCUGGCCCAUGGUGAUUGAGCAUAGGAUUGAUGAGAGUUCGCCGCUUUACAACCUGAAUGCCACCGACAUGCUGCAGGAUAAGUUUGAGAUUGUGGUUAUCCUUGAAGGAACUGUGGAGUCAACGGGACAAUCAACUCAAGCCCGAUCGAGUUAUAUUAACACUGAGAUACUCUGGGGACAUCGCUUCGAUCCUGUGGUGCUCUACAACAAAGAUCUCCAGGCAUAUGAGAUUGACUAUGCGCGCUUCAACGAAACCACACAGGUGGACACGCCCCUUUGCAGCGCCCGCGAGCUGAACGAGAUCUACAAGAUACAGGAGGGAUUCAGGACACCAGAGACCACUUUCAACCUGCGUCAGGUGUCAUCGAACAAUCAUUCCGAUCAGGCCUCAUAACGCUUCUGUCUCGUCCAAUGUUUCGUCUUCCUAUUUGUUGCUAUAUUUACAUUUAGUUCUUAGCUUUGUUAUUCCCCUCGUUUCCCCUCCUGCGACGGCUUGCUGCUCGCCCAAUCUCUCGACGACUUCGACGCAAUCGAACGGCUCCGCUCGGAGGCAGCGCUGGCAGCUGUCGAUGCCCUUGCAGCGAGGCUUUUCUAGCGACACUUGAACACUAAAACUGAAGUUAAUAAAUGUUUGAGCUUUUAGUUUACACCAAAUUACACGUUUCUCU